AUGACACGAGAGUUCAUCGCGACGUUACUGCUGCUGCAGGCUAUCGCGAGGUACGGUCGCGUGGCGACCGCAGAGUCCACACACGCGGCUGAGCAGCAGCAGGCCUCCUCUGCGGUCCCGUCCGGGUUUUCUGGGCCGGAUUACACAGGCCCGUCCGCCGGUUCCGACGAGUGCGACCCAGAAAUGGUGGGCUUCGAGCUGGUGACCGGUUACGUGUACACAGCGCCGACGAACAUGCUCGAGUCCAUACCAGGAACCCUGAUGCUCACCGACUGUCUGGAGAUCUGUCAGGCGAACGACUCCUGCCUGGCGGUGAACUACGAGACGGGACUGUGCGUGCUGUUCAGUUCGAACGCCGACAGCAACCCAGGUGCUCUAUCGCAAUCCCAAUUCCCAGUGUUCACGAUCUACGCCCAGAAGAGCUGCCUGGCCGUGAAGCCAUGCGAGCGUGCCUGGUGCAUCGACAGGGUCCAGGGACAUCGGUUGCAGGGCCACACGCGCCGAACGAUGACCGCCUCUUCGCGGCAGCACUGUCUGGAGCUCUGUUUAGGCGAAAGGGACUUCCUGUGCCGAUCUUCCAACUACGUGAACGCGACAAAACAGUGCGAACUCUCGGACAUGGACCGACUGACCGUUGCUGGAUCCAACGCUUUCCAAUCCGCUAAAGGCUACGACUACUUGGAAAAUCACUGUGUGGACGAUUGCCAUUCUUACGAUUACGGUGAUACUGGUGACAUGGUAUGCCGUCUCAGCCAUCACUCCAGGGCCACCCUUUCUGACAUUCAGGAACCGUACCUCGAUGUACCAGAGGGAUCAACGUACGAGCUGAGCUCCUGCUACAACGUCACCAUCGACUGUCGUGCCGGUGACAUGGUCACAAGGAUCCAGACUAGCAAGCUGUUCUACGGCAAAGUUUACGUGAAGGGAUCGCCGAACUCGUGUGUACAGGACGUGAAGGGUGCCUUGGAGUUCGAGCUCCGCAUGGCGUACGACGAUUUGGAGUGCAACAUCAGACAACAGGGCCUGGGUCGUUACCUGAACGACGUCGUGAUCCAACAUCACGACACGAUCGUCACCAGUUCCGAUCUCGGGUUGGCCGUCACCUGUCAAUACGAUCUAACGAAUAAAACGGUGUCGAACGAAGUCGAUCUCGGUGUGCACGGUGACAUAACUCCCGCCCUGUCCGAAGAAGUGAUCGUCGACUCGCCGAACGUAGCCAUGAAGAUCACCGACCGCAGUGGAAACGAAGCCAUCCCAUCGGCCGAAGUAGGUGAUCCCCUGGCUCUGAAGUUCGAGAUUCUCGAUCCUAACAGUCCUUACGAGAUCUUUGUACGGGAACUGGUGGCCAUGGACGGCGUCGACUCCAGCGAGAUCGUCCUAAUUGACUCGGACGGUUGCCCCACCGAUCAUGUCAUCAUGGGACCACUCUACAAAUCGGCUACCACUGGCAAGAUUCUACUAUCCCACUUCGACGCGUUCAAGUUCCCAAGCUCCGAGGUCGUUCAGUUCCGUGCCCUGGUGACACCCUGUAUGCCGACCUGCGAACCAGUGCAAUGUGAUCAAGAGGAGGCGACCGGUGAGCUUCGCUCGGUGAUAUCCUUCGGUAGACGUCGUCGUCGUCGUUCGACCGGUUCAUCCGCCCAGAACCGCGAGGAUCUUCUGCUGGUGCAAUCUAUCCAGAUCACGGACAAGUUCGGAUUCGAGCACGAUGGCAAAUCAUCGAACGCCAGUUCGGCGACCAGGGACACCGUUUUCGUCGAGAGCGAGGAUAUCUCGUCUACGAUGGGCGUGUGCAUCAACCUGGGCGAGGCAAUCGUCGCCGGGACCGUCUUCCUUGUUGCUCAGAUCGCGAUCAUCGCCGCGUGGACCAUCACCUGGCAGAGACGCCGACAGAUGCUCAAACAUCAGGAAGCAUUGUCGGUCUCGGUUUCCGUUCCCGGGAUGCAUUCCGUUCCGGGACGUACAGACAGCCUCUGUAAGUUGUACGACACCGGAUAUUCAGCGCGCCGUUUUUGA